AUGGAGGUCACAGCGCUCUGCGUCAGACUGCUGAUGACUGUGUUGUUGCAGCUGGUCGCACGCGUCGACUCCAGUGAUUCCCAAAAAGCCGAUGCAGCGUUUCCUCGCGUUGAUCCAAACAGACCGCAGUUCUUUGAACACGAGUCCAUUAUGAUCAGCUGUGAGGGGCUGCAGGGUCUGACUGGAUGGAGAGUGAUGAAGAAGAUUAAAGGAGAUACUCGAACAUGUGCUUCUAUCUGGUCGACAUCAACGGGACCCUGCAAAAUAGAUACUGCCUACCCAGACCUGGACAGUGGAGAGUACUGGUGUGAACUGGGAGCAAAGAAAAGCAGCACUGUCAACAUCACUGUCACUGCUGGCUCAGUGAUCCUGGAGAGUCCUGUCCUUCCCGUAACGGAGGGAGACGCCGUGACUCUGAGCUGCAGAAACAAGCAGAUGUCCUCCAACCAAACCACUCAGUUCUUUAAAAAUGGAUACCUUAUGGACAGCAGCCCGACAGGAAACCUGACCAUCCGCAGUGUUUCCAAGUCUAAUGAGGGCUGGUACACGUGCAGCGUGUCCGAAGGCGUAUCGUCACCACAGAGCAGGCUGACUGUCAGAGAACACACACCGUCAGCAGAUAAAGAGCGUCAUCACGACCCGCCGCUCUCUCUGCCGCUCUGCAUCGGUGUCGCUGCUCUCAUCGUGGCUCUGCUGCUGCUGCUGCUGGGAUUAUUACGAUGGAGGAAACAUCAAAUAAUCACAACCGUUCCAGAAACGCCAUCCCCUCAUCCCUCUAUCCAGGCCAUCUCCCCUCCACUAACAGGUGACCAAACCUCCUGA